AUUUCUGUCAUUAUCCAUCCGCAAAACAAAGCAUCACAUAGCUCAGGAACUAAGCUAUUCGGCUGUCAAGAUGAGCCGUUGGUCCCCGGAGGAUUCGGACGAGGGUCGCCUGCCGGAAGGCAUGCAACGUGUUGGCUAUGAUGCCGAUACACAACAAUACAGCUACCGAGAUCAGGACGGUAGCUACUGGGAAGGAGCUCCCGGUGCAAGAUACGGGGUACUUCACCGAAGCGGCAGCAGCUAUCAGCCCAUGACAAUAGCCAACGUAGGUGUCACUCGAGAAGAGUUGCCCUCCUCAGCAAACAGACCCCACAAGCAGCUGUUUGGCUUAUUGUCCAACGGCUGUGGCAAGCUUCUAGUCACUCUCGACCUGAUCUAUACUGGAAUAUUUAAGAAGGUGUCGCAUGCUAAGCAACAGGGACAACGACACAGCAGGCGACAGCCACAACGACAUACUCAGCGACGCAGACGACGGCCUCAUAAGUGGAAUGAAAAGUAGCCGGUCAGAAGGGCUCGUUUGGCUGACGGAGCUACACUUCCAUCUUAAUGAAAGCACCACUAAUAGUGUCAAGGAACAAAAUAUACGUAAAGCUGAUAAUGAGGCUUGGCGCUAUAUACUGCCGUUCUUCAUGCUAGUUUCGGUGGUCCUAUUCGCUCUAUUCCGGUUCCUUGGAUCUGCGGCUGGCCCAACGCCACUUGUCUGUCCAGAGAAGUCCGUUCGAUACCCAGUCAAAGUUGGAGACUCAUGCUGAGCUAUUGCGAAUAGCCACAGUGUGAAAGUAGCAGAUCUGAUGAGGCUGAAUUAUAGUAUGGACUGUAGCUUGUGAAGGCUGGUAGAGAGAUUUGCGUACUAGCCAGCGAGUAGCCACUGAGGCCGUUUGAUGUACAUCAUGUUGUAAUUAAACGUGAAGGAAAAAAGGAAGGGCAGGGCAAAUAAGAACAAGUAAGAGAAAAAGUAAUUUACUUAGCGUGUUGUGUAUUUAAUGAGAAGUAUAAAAC